GAUGCAGCCUUUUGAGCGAAAAAUCGUGAUUCCGUGUAAUGUAACAAAUUGAUUUUUUACUGAAGUGUGCCUGGAAAUGAAUCCAAGAAAUAAAUAAUUGUGUGAAAUAAAUAGCCAAUGAAAAUAAUUGUGCAAUUUAAAGAAGUUAUUUGGGGUGGAAUUCAGUUAACUAUCCUGUUUUGCAUCCAUGCAGAGCAAAAACAUGAUAUUUAUGUAACAAGUUUGUAGUUCUUAUUAUCAGAAAGGACCUUCGUGUCUAGGUGUAUGCAACCUAUCUUUUGAAAGCAAAAGUAUGUAAUAAUAGCUUAUGGAUACCCAUAUAGAUAAGAAAUUUCAUAUCUGUGAGGAAUGUAAUCAGUCAUUCAAGCAAAAGUUUAAACAAGUAUAUGCUUAUUCACACAGGAGAGAAGCAACGAGGUGUGAAGUAUCUAUUCAUUUAAAUCAAUCAAAAAUCAUUUAAAGUCAUUUAAGCAAAAAGCUCAUUAAAAUAUAUGCUUAUUCACAUAGGAAAUAAACUUACAUGUGUAAAAUAUAUAAGCAUAUAUAAGAAAUCAUUUAAUCAAAAAACUCAUUGAAAUAUGCAAAUGCAUAUUCACACAGGAGAGAAACCUCACAUGUGUGAAGUAUGCAAGAAAACAUUUAGUAUAAAGGCGAAUUUAAACAUGCAUAUGCGUAUUCACACAGGAGAGGAGCCUUAUAUGUGUGAAGUAUGUAAGAAAUCAUUUAAUCAAAAAGUUAAUUUAAACAUGCAUAUGCGUACUCACACAGGUGAGAAACCUUAUAUGUGUGAAGUAUGUAAAAAGACGUUUAGCAAAAAGGAUAGUUUAAAUAAGCAUAUGCGUAUUCACACAGGUGAGAAACCUUAUAUGUGUGAAGUAUGUAAGAAAUCCUUUAAUCAAAAACCUAAUUUAAACAUGCAUAUGUGUAUUCACACAGGAAAGAAAUCUCACAUUUGUGAAGUAUGUAAGAAGACUUUUAGUGCAAACGGCAGUUUAAAUAGGCAUAUGCUUAUUCACACAGGUGAAGAACCUUAUAUAUGUGAAGUAUGUAAGAAACCAUUCAAUCGAAAAUCUUAUUUAAACAUACAUAUGCGUAUUCACAAAGGAGAGAAACCUUAUAUGUGUGAAGUAUGUAAGAAGACCUUUAGUGAAAAAGGCAGUUUAAAUAAGCAUAUGCUUAUUCACACAGGUGAGAGACCUUAUAUGUGUGAAGUAUGUAAAAAGACAUUUAAUAAAAAGGAUAGUUUAAAUAAGCAUAUGCAUAUUCACACAGGAGAGAAACCUUAUAUGUGUGAAGUAUGUAAGAAGACGUUUAGAGUAAAGAGUAAUUUAAACACGCAUAUGCUUAUUCACACAAAUGAGAAACCUUAUAUGUGUGAAGUGUGUAAGACAUCAUUUAAUCAAAGAGGUAAUUUAAGCAUGCAUAUGCAUAUUCACACAGGAGGGAAACCUUAUAUGUCUGAAGCAUGUAAGAAGAUAUUUAGUGAAAAAGCUAGUUUAAAUACGCAUAUGCUUAUUCACACAGAUGAGAAACGUUAUAUGUGUGAAGUGUGUAAGAAAUCAUUUAAUCGAAAACCUAAUUUAAACAUGCAUAUGCGUAUUCACACAGGAGAGAAACCCUAUAUGUGUGAAGUAUGUAAGAAGACAUUUAGUGUAAAGAGUAAUUUAAAGAAGCAUAUGCUUAUUCACACAGGUGAGAAACCUUAUAUGUGUGAAGUGUGUAAGAAGACAUUUAGUGAAUGGGGUAGUUUAAAUAAGCAUAAGCAUAUUCACACAGGUGAGAAACCUUAUAUGUGUGAAGUAUGUAAGAAAUCAUUUAAUCAAAAACCUAAUUUAAACAUGCAUAUGCGUAUUCACACAGGAGAGAAACCUUAUAUGUGUGAAGUAUGUAAGAAGACAUUUAGUGUAAAGAGUAAUUUAAAGAAGCAUAUGCUUAUUCACACAGGUGAGAAACCUUAUAUGUGUGAAGUGUGUAAGAAGACAUUUAGUGAAUGGGGUAGUUUAAAUAAUCAUAUGCUUAUUCACACAGGAGUGAAAUCUUAUAUGUGUGAAGUAUGUAAGAAAUCAUUUAAUCGAAAAGAUCAUUUAAACGUGCAUAUGCGUACUCACACAGGAGAGAAACCUUAUAUGUGUGAAGUAUGUAAAAAGACAUUUAGUAAAAAGGAUAGUUUAAAUAAGCAUAAGCAUAUUCACACAGGUGAGAAACCUUAUAUGUGUGAAGUAUGUAAGAAAUCAUUUAAUCAAAAACCUAAUUUAAACAAGCAUAUGUGUAUUCACACAGGAAAGAAACCUUACAUUUGUGAAGUAUGUAAGAAGUCAUUUAAUCAAAAAGCUAAUUUAAACAGCCAUAUAUGUAUGCACACAGGAGAGAAACCUUAUAUGUGUGAAGUAUGUAAAAAGACGUUUAGUAAAAAGGAUAUUUUAAAUAAGCACAUGCAUAUUCACACAGGUGAGAAACCUUAUACAGUCAAAAGUAGUAAAUUCGGACACCCAUAAUCGGGAAUGAUCUAUAAUCCGGACCUCAAAGCUACAAACUUUCUGCGCCUGCGUUGCGUUCAUGCACGCGCACAGGCGUUUACGAGUGCGCGUAAGACUUUUACGGCUGCGAAUAUGUUUGUGCGCAUGUGCGUGUAAUGUGUAACGGAGGUAAGCUAAAAUUAUCUAAUUCAGUUAAUGUUGCAGAUUGC